GAGUCCAAAUUUUUUAAAAACGGUCCAGAGAAGAUCAAAUUACAGUUGUCACAAGAGGUUGCCCUAGCCGUGGUGAUCUGCGUGGUGAAAUAACGUUGUUUGGUAAUCUUUGUUUUCUAAAUCUCGGCGGUCAUAGCCUAUUCCUCGCAGUGGAGACGAGGCAAUGAAUUUGUGAGCUGAGUUGCCUAAAUUCAUUCAACCAUGGAGAACGAAGAUGGACGAGAUGCAAAAUGCUACAAGACCCCUGAAGAGUUUCGAGAAGUUGAGGUGGAGCCACUUGUCAAAGAGUCACUUUCAGACACAACAGAAUUGUGGCUUAUUCAGAUGCCUCUAACUCAAUUUGAACCUGCAGACUUUCAGGGGAAAGAGUUAUCAAUUAAAUUGCCUGAAGCAGAGGGCUGGAUGGGAUCUUUGGAAAAUUCUCGUGGGAAAUCAUAUGAUAUGUACUGUUUGGGUAAUCAGGGAAUGGAACCUUUUGCUUUUCUGCCAAGAUCCUCAACAUCUAUGGGAGUUCGAAAGAUUUCCCGUCAAAUUUGCCUUCUAAAUGCUAAAACAGAAAAUGGGAAUGCACCUGGAAGAGCAGAUAGCUCAGUUGGUUUGGUUUCCAAAACUCAAGACCAUAUAAAAAGAGAAGGUAUAUCUCAGGACCCGGGAAGAUUAGUGGGGAGUGUCGGUCAGAAAGGUUCGCAUGCUGUAAGUGGAAUCACUUCUGAAGGUGAGGAACCUUCAACUAAGAAGAGGGCUAAGUUCUCUAAAGACGAAGGGAUAAAUGGGACACCAGCUGCUUCACGUUUGAGAAACUUGGAAGAAAGUGGGGCCUAUGAUUCUAGUUUGCAACAAAGUCAGAGCUAUAAGACUAAUGAAGUUAGAGUGGAAUAUUCCACUGGGAUGAAAAAGAAAAAACGCAAGUCAAAUAGUGAAGAUUAAUCAUUAUACAACUGUGAUAUUCCCUAGCGUUUUAUAUUGAAAUGUUCCUAGGGUUUAAUAUUUUGCCCUAACCAGAUGUAAUGUUUCCUUUUUAAUUUGACUGUUACAAAUAUUUCUGUUGCUUUAAAUUCAGUUAUCUUUCCCUC